CUUUUCGAGAGUUGUGGAUGCAUGCAUCCUUUGUCUGAGCGCUACUACAGCUGCGCGCUGCGUAUUUUCUGGUCUGAUCCCUCCAAUUUGAUCGGAGGGUAAGACGCAAAAAUGAAUUCCAGCAGGAAUACGCGACCUGCUUCUGAUAUUCUUACCGGAGGACGAGGACCCUCUCCUUCCUCACCUGUACCUGCGCAAAAUACUUUUCGACAGUCCAUGCGUUCAUCCCAAGCGCCGAAAGCUCCCGGACCUGAUGCAGAGAAGGAAGAACUUCGUGUACAGGUAAACACUUUGAAGUAUGAGCUGGAAAGCAUAAAGCAGGAGCGAGAACUGGAGGCGUUGCGCCAUGAGAAGGAACUCCGGGAAUUGCAAUUGAAGGCGGAUGCGGAUUUCAGAAAGGCGCAGGCUGCCGAAGCUUCUACGAGCCGCGCGAACACUAAGUUCGAGUCCCUCGCGAGAGAACUGAAAGAAGCUCAAGAUAAUGCACUCGAUGAGAAAGUCGGCCUAGAGAGGAAAAUAAGGAGUCUCCAAGACGAAAAUCAAACCAUUCGGGAAGAACUCAGCGAUACCCAGGCCCAGCUGUCAGACCAGGAGAGACAACACAAAUAUCAACUCAAUGAGCUGGAGACCAUACGUUUGUCGCUUCAGAAGACACUUGAAGAUCUACAGAACGAUCUUCAAAGUGUGAGGGGCAAUCUGCAGAGUACACAGGAAAAGCUGUCACAACGUGAAUCGGAUAUUGCUACUCUAGAGACGGAGAAUCUACGCUUGAAGGCGGAAGGAACCGAUUCUGAAACCAUGUUGGUUCUGAAAAGGGAACUUUCAGAUCAAGUGAAUCAUAUUAGGAAUUUGGAGUCUAUAAAUCGAGAGCAGGGCACAGAAUUGCAGCGUUUGAGGAAAGUGCAACGAAAUGUCGAAGUGGUUGAGGAGCAGAAGAAAUCCCUGGAGAAUCAGCUCCAGCUCAUGAAAGACGUCGAAGCUGAGCUUGGCAAUUUACAGAUCCAGAAGCAAAUUCUGGAGGAUGAGCGACGGUCAUGGACUAGCCUUCUGCAGGUAGACAGUGAAGCGCCCGAGUUAGACUCUCCGGAGGCCGUUGUCAAGGCCCUUGUUCAGGAACGAAUUGAGAAGGCCACCCUUGUGGACAAGCUUGGAAAAGUCGAUGCACAGUUCUUGGACAAAGACGAACUGAUCAAGAGUCUAGAGAAUGAAAAAGCUCGUUUGCGGCAAGAAAUUGAUAACCUUCGUGCCGCUGGGGCUGCUGCUAGCGGAGCAGCCGCAGAGAGUCGAGUCAGGUCCAGACUGGAAAGGCAACGAGUUCUUGCAGUAAAGGAAGUCGAAUACCUCCGUGCACAGUUGAAGACCUUUGAUACGGAAGAAAUGACCAUGAAUGCAGACCACAGCCAGUUCGACGAACAAAAAUCACAGCAGGUGGAACAAUUGGAGAAGCUUAUCGACGAGUAUAGAGCUGAGCUCGAGAAAGCGCACGAGGAAUUAUCCAAGCGUGAAGCUCCACGACAACAGGACGACUCCCAGACGCCCCGGGGAGUGAAGCGGCCUUUAUCACCAGCAGAAAGCGAGGCGGAAAACGAACGACUCGCCGUGUUGAUGCGGAAGAAUCGAACCCUACAGGAGUCGCUCUCCAAGUCCGAACAAGCGGCAGCUCUACUGAACCGCGAGCUUGAGGCAACAAAAUCCCACCUCAAGUCCCUCCAGGCCAAAUCACGAACACGCAUCCUGGAACUCCGCGAUAAUCCUACCGCGGAAGUAGAGAAACUUAAACUCUCUACCAUCACAACCCUCCGAGCCGAGAACCGCGCCCUCCUCGCGCAACUCCGCAACGAGCACGCAAACAUCAAAGUCAUCCCCCUGAGCACCCUCGAAAGUCUGAAAUUAGACGUUCAAGAUAUGGAACGCACAGUCGCCGAAAAGGAAAAGCGCAUGCGCCGUCUCAAGGAAAUUUGGACUGCCAAAUCCUCCGAGUUCCGCGAAGCGGUCGCUUCCCUGCUGGGCUAUAAACUCGAUUUUCUUCCCAACGGCCGCGUCCGCGUCACGUCCAUGUUCCACCUUUCGGCUGCAUACAGGCACGGCGAUCCUAGUGCUUCCUCCGACUCCCGUGGUCCAGGCAGUAUGGGCAACGGCGAGGAGAAUUCGAUCAUCUUCGAUGGCGAGAACGGCACGAUGAAGAUCUCCGGUGGUCCGAAUAGUAUGUUUGCUAUGGAGAUUAAGCAUCUUAUCAAGUUCUGGGUUGAGGAGAGGAAGGAUAUUCCUUGUUUCCUUGCUGCUAUGACUUUGGAAUUUUAUGAUAAAACUACUAGGGCUGCCCGGGUAUAGUCGUCUUUUGUGUUUUUGCGCAUGCUUGGAUAGUAUGUUAAGCGGGUCUUUUCUUUUCUUCCUCGUCUCGUCCGAUGUAUAAUUACCUAUUCCAUGCUCAAUCCUUUUGAUUACGCAGAAUAAGGAAACGCUGUGAUGUUUAUUCCCCCCGUUUUGAUAAGUCAUGAAACUUUCAGCUGGAAAGAAAACAGCAGUAAACAGACUCCAUAUGC